AAGGAGACUCGGCUGUCUUAUAAAUACACGCUUUCGUGUCCGCAAGUCAAAACAGUUGCGGUCGCUGUGUUACGCUGUACCCCGAGGAGGUAACUACAAUGGCGCCCAUAAUUCUGUAUAAUUUCGAUCCCAGUCCACCAUGUUUCCUGGUGCGAGUCAUAGCUGACAUACUUGGAGUGGAACUCAAGAAAAUUCCAAUAAAAGACAUAACCAAAGAGAUGGCUGCUCCUGAGAUGACAAAGAAAAAUCCGCAGCGUACGGUUCCAACAGUGGAUGACAACGGGUUGUACCUUGCAGAGAGUCGAGCCAUCGCAUCCUACCUCAUAUCGAAGUACGGGAAAAACGACUCUUUGUACCCAAAGGACGCGUCGAAACGCGUGCUUGUUGACCAGAGGCUGUAUUUUGAUACUGAACUGUACAAAUCAUUUGAAGUUGUUUGGGCUGGAGACUUUUUUGCCGGAUUUGUACCUAAGCACGAUAUGGACAGGUUGAUCCUUGGACUAGAAAUACUAAACAGGAUGCUAGAGGGCAAAGAAUGGCUCGCACUGGACCACAUCUCGCUUGCAGACUACGCCACAGCUGCGACCAUGGCAGCAUUGGAGUAUAUUCCACAUCUUAAACUUGAUCUGUCUAAGUAUGGAAACAUUUCACGAUGGCUUCGCCGUGUUGAAAAUUCAUUCCCUAGGUAUGCAGAAUUGAAGAAAAUAUAUAGUGAUUCUGUGGUUGCCUUAAUGGAAGAACAGAAGAAACAAAAACAAGGACAAAGAAAAUGAAACAAACUGUGUAUGAAUUACUUUUAGAUUAAUAUUUGUAAUAAAUAUUCAAAUAGA